CCGGUUAUCACGUUGAUAAGGUAACAUAGCCAGAAGAAAAUUUGGAGUAUUCAUGGAAGCAGUGGUUCCAAAACUGGCGUCUUUCACUUUCUUAAACCCUAACUCACCACUUCGCAGGUUUUCUUCUCCUUCUUCUUCUUCUUGUCUCUGCCUUUUGUCUUCCACCGACGCCGUUUCGCUCGGUCACCUCACUCGCCCCGAUUUCCCCAUUCUCCACCAGCAGGUUAAUGGCUCCAAGAAACUCGUCUACUUAGACAACGCCGCAACUUCUCAGAAACCAAUUUCUGUGUUGAAUGCUUUACAGAAUUAUUAUGAAGCUCAUAAUUCCAACGUCCACCGCGGAGUUCAUUACUUGAGUGCGAAGGCUACGGAGGAGUAUGAGUUGGCCAGGAAGAAGGUCGCGGCUUUUAUUAACGCGUCGGAUUCUAGAGAGAUUGUUUUUACGAGGAAUGCUACUGAAGCUAUCAAUUUAGUGGCGUAUUCUUGGGGCCUUUCAAAUCUGAAAUCAGGAGAUGAGAUCGUACUCUCAAUUGCUGAACAUCAUAGUGCGAUUGUUCCCUGGCAAAUUGCAGCUCAAAAGACUGGUGCGGUUUUGAAGUUUUUGGAUAUAAAUGAAGAUGAAGUUCCAGAUCUAACCAAGUUGAGGGAAUUGCUCUCAAGGAAGACAAAACUUGUAGUUCUUCAUCAUGUCUCAAACGUGCUUGCUUCUGUUCUUCCAAUGGAAGUGAUUGUGAAUUGGGCUCACAACGUCGGUGCUAAAGUUCUUGUAGAUGCUUGUCAAAGUGUUCCCCACAUGGUGGUGGAUGUCCAGGGUCUUGAUGCUGAUUUUCUUGUUGCCUCUUCUCAUAAGAUGUGUGGGCCUACAGGCAUCGGAUUCUUAUAUGGGAAGAGUGAUCUUUUGUCUGCCAUGCCUCCGUUUUUGGGUGGUGGAGAAAUGAUUUCUGAUGUUUUCCUUGAUCAUUCUACAUAUGCAGAUCCUCCAUCCAGAUUUGAAGCUGGAACACCAGCAAUUGGAGAGGCAGUUGGGUUAGGAGCAGCAAUUGAUUAUUUGUCAGCAAUUGGCAUGCAGAGGAUCCAUGAGUAUGAGACGGAGCUGGCUAAGUAUUUAUAUGAAAACCUCGUUUCCGUCCCAAAUAUUCGGAUCUAUGGCCCCAAACCUUCAGAGAAUGUUCAUCGGGGUGCUCUUUGUUCUUUCAACAUUGAGGAUAUUCAUCCAACGGAUUUAGCAACUAUCCUUGACCAACAGCAUGGAGUGGCUAUCAGAUCGGGUCAUCAUUGUGCUCAACCUCUUCAUCGGCAUUUAGGAGUCAAUGCAAGUGCACGCGCUAGCCUCCAUUUUUACAAUACUAAAGAAGAUGUUGAUGAUUUCAUCCAGGCACUGAAUGAAACUGUCAGUUUCUUCAACAUGUUUAAGUAAAGGUGUUUUUUUUUUUUUUUAAUCAAUUGUUCUUUACAUUUACUGUAUACUAUAUGAGUUAAUCUUCUUUGAUCUGUAUUAUGAUGGCUAAUAUUUGUCUAGAGAUUCCGGCCUGUGACUCUGAGUUCACCUUUACCAGAUUUCUUAUGUGUUUGUGCUGUUGGAA